AUGGAUCCACUUUUGCCACAGAGUGCCCAUUGGCUAGCUCAUAUUGCUUCAAUGGUUGACAAUUCAAGACAUCUUUUCGUGCCCGGAAGUUUGGCACUUCAGGAUGCUUUCAACUGUAUGUCUAAAAUUGCAGGCACUUUAGUUUUAUGGUUUGCGAAUGGGUCGAAUUGCAAUAUCAACCGUAAAUUGGCUGGGAAUAAUCUUGGUUGUCACUCAAAUGCUUCUUCUACUCAAGUCAAGCAUAUUUCCUCUGUAAGACAAGAUGUAAGCAGAUUUUUCUGGAAUUCAAAGCAUAGAAUGAAAUCCGGUAUUCCAGUGGUGUUUGGUAAGGUAUCGAGUUUUGCAUUGAAACAAAUCUGUAAAGAGGCCGAACGUCUUCAGUGUCUUCCAGUGCUAUCAUUAGCGGCUGCAUUAGUGCCGCCAUUUACUAACAUCUCGUCAAAUGUCUUGGCAAUUCCAAUGGAAACUAGUUCUGUUGAAGCCCAAAGUUGCAUGGAUCGAAACCCGUGCGAGAUUGAAAAUCGAAGUUGUGGACCUUCCGGUGGUCUUUAUUUCCAGAAUUUAGCUUGGGAUGAUACAAGACUGUCGAGCCAAGGACAGGUGUCGAGUUCCCGACCAUGUUGGGGGACUUCAUGGCCGGAGAAAGUAAUUCCAGUUUCACUCCUGAGGUUGGUGCAUGAAGUUUUGAUCUUGCACGAUUUUCUUGUAUGUUCCACUGAACAUAAAAAGUGA